AAAUUUAGGGCAUGUAUCACUGAGUUAUUGUCUCGUCAUUCCUUUUUCUUUAAGACUAAAGAGGAUCUUGUAUGAAAAUCUCUUAACUAAUAAAUCGGAAGAUUUGUCAAAAAUAAAGAAAAAAUAAAGAAUGAUUGAUUCUCCAAAGAUAAAAAAAGUCUGUGCAUUACGAAAUGUGUGGUGUGAAGAUUAUCACGGUUUAAGUUUGACAUGCCCAUGACUCCAUUCAUUUCUUGUUUGUCUUUUCCUUCUCAUUAUGCAUUUGAGAAGAAGAGAUAACGACCCCCACUUCCUCCCUUUCAUUUCAAAUUAAUAUUUUCUUAUUAUUCUUCUUCUUCUUCCAUUUAGAACGAUUAGGAUUCUUUGAAGGUUUUACGGUUUUUUAAUUUCAAUCACUAAAUAUCUCUCUCAUUCAUAUUUAUAUUCCUACGAACAAAACUGAAUUACCUAAUUAAUUAACUUCUUCGUGUUACACUUAUUAAUCGCCCUCAUAUUACAUUUUAGGUAUAGCCUUUUAAUCUUGCAGAAAACAAGCUUUCAUGUUUAAUUAACAUUUAUUUCAAUCAUAAUUUUGAAAAUCUGCCGACACAAAAAAUAAAGGUUACAACAACGUUGAGAAUUUCCAAUGUUGUUGUUCAACUCCAUGAUUUCUUUGAUGAGAUCAAAUCAAUGAUAUGUCACCUCAAUCUGAAGGAGAAUUAGGUUUCUAUUGUUGAUGGCAAAUCCUACUCAGCAUGUCAUCAUUGAUAUAUCAACUUCAACUUCUGAAACGGCUCCUCGUGUUAAUGGGGUAGAAGAUUUUGGUGGGGGUGGAAGUGGUAGAUUGCGUGUUUCUCGUCAAAAUUCAAAUGGGUCAAAUUCCAGGUUGAAUAGAGGAGAUUCAUCAUCACGAGGAGGGCGCGGUAGGAGUCCGUUGAAUUCAGGGUUUUGGAUUUCUUUACAAUUUAUUUUCACAUUAAGUCAAAUUGUUGCUUCUUUUGUUGUUCUUUCUUCGUCAAGAUAUGAACAUCCACAAGCACCAUUGUUUGCUUGGAUUGUUGGUUAUGCUAUUGGAUGUAUUGUUUCUCUCCCUUUGCUCGUAUGGCGUUAUUAUUAUACUAGAGAACAAUAUUUAUCUCAAAAUAAUUCUACCAUUGAUGAUCCUUCUGGUACACUUCUUUCAAAUUCCACCACAAUUCAAGGUGAAGAUGAUGUUCAUGUUGUUGUUGCGGCUUCCUCCAGAACCAAUCAAGUUUCAUGGGUGAUGAAUCAGAGACUAAAGAUACUCGUGGAAUACAUCAAAAUCAUUGUAGAUUUAUUUUUUGCAAUAUGGUUUGUUAUCGGAAAUGUAUGGAUUUUUGGAGGACCCUCGUCCGCCAAUGAAGCGCCUAACUUGUACCGGUUAUGUGUAGUGUUUCUUACUCUUAGUUGUAUCGGUUACGCAAUGCCCUUCAUUCUAUGUUUAACAAUUUGCUGCUGUCUUCCUUGUAUAAUCUCCGCUCUUGGGGUCACAGAGGAUGUAACACAAACCCGUGGUGCAACCUCUGAAACUAUUAAUGCUUUACCGACUUAUAAAUUCAAAACGACGAGAAGUAAAAAUGAAGACGAAAGCAGUCCAACAACUAUUGAAGGUGGAAUUGUAGCCGAAGGAACGGAAAAGGAACGCAUGAUAUCUGGAGAAGAUGCUGUUUGUUGCAUAUGCAUCCUGAAUUAUGAAAAUGAAGAUGAGUUGAGAGAAUUGCCAUGUUCACAUCUUUUCCACAAAGAGUGUGUAGACAAGUGGUUGAAGAUAAAUGCAUUAUGCCCGCUUUGCAAGAGUGAUGUUGCUGGGGAUCCAACAAGAGUAGUCAGCGAGGAAAAUUCCACCCAACAAAGGGGUGAUAGCAGGGUUGAGAAUAGUAAUGUCAAUACCUCCUCAUUGUAAUAUAGUUGCACGUGUAUGGUCAUAUACAAAUUACAUACUAUGCAGUUUUGUAAAACUUCUUAUCUGCCCACUCUUUUCCUUGGAUUGAUGUAUGAAUCUUAGUGCAUAUUUGAAACUACGAUUAUAUAUGUCGUAUUUUGUUACAUGUUAAAAGUGUAAAUUUUGCUUGUCAAAAUCAAUGACACGUCGUGAUUAUGUCAAACUUGUUGUAAAUCAAAUACGCAGUUAGUUUCGUCAUUUUCAUAGUUGUUGAUAAAUAAUGGGAUGAUACAAGCAAACGCUACAUUGUAAUUAUACUAUUGCGUUAAAUAAAUUUUUGUCCCUACAAAUA